GUUUCUUUAUCUUAGCAGAUGUGGUACUUCAAGCUGAACAAGCAUACACCAUAAUAAUAAGAGGUCAGUGUCAUUUGCAGAACGUUUGUGGUUGUUGAUUCUCGUGUUGACUUAACGAAGUUCUUGUUUGGGAGAUAUUUUGAGGCUGGUUCCAGCAGUUGCUGGUGUGGGUGGGGGCAUGAUUGCUCCUGUUUUAAGGUGUGAAUGUCCUGCCUUAUACAGCACUUUGCAGCUUGUAAGCGCCAGAAAGCGCACAAAUGGUGUUGAAUAGGCCCCGUAUUUCGUCACAUGCAAAACAGACUCUCGGGGAAGGGACGGUCUCCAAGCCAGCUCCACAAUGGAGUCAGCCUGGAGACAGCAGUCUGCCAGAAGUUAAGGACCGGCUCUUUGGCCUCCCUCCCCCCUCUCUCCGUGCCCCUGUCCGAACUACACUGGCCGAUUUUCCCCCUGGGCUGAUCAGCAUGACAAAGCACUGGCCGGAGCAGAGUCUCUUGGCACCACCCGCUCCGUCCCACACUGGAGAACACCACGACCAUCAACUUGACUUACACAGACAUGGGCAGAAGGCUUUUCUCUCCGCCGGUGUAACGUGGAACUCUCCGGCCCAUCACUGGUCACUUUCUCCAGCCCAGAUGGGUCCUCAGCAGCCGCAGCAGCCGCGCUCGGAGAAGCACACAGCGCGCCCCGAACACCUUGGCACCGCCACGCCAUUCAUGGAUAAAACCUCGGCACCGAGCGCACCGUUCCCAAACAAACAAGACGAAUCUAUGAAUCGGGAUUCAUGGGUGAAUGAACAGAAGAAAAGUAAGAGCAGCGAGGGGAAGAAGAAGAACUAUCAGCGGUAUCCAAAACCACCAUACUCGUAUCUUGCCAUGAUUGCUAUGGUCAUCCAAAGGUCGCCGGAGAAGAAACUGACAUUGUCUGAGAUCCUAAAGGAGAUCAGUACCCUCUUCCCAUUUUUCGAAGGAAACUACAAGGGCUGGCGGGAUUCAGUGCGACACAACCUCUCAUCAUACGACUGCUUUGUGAAGGUGCUGAAGGACCCAGGUAAGCCUCAAGGCAAAGGCAAUUUCUGGGCAGUGGAGCUGAGCCGUGUUCCUCUGGAACUCCUCAAGAGGCAGAACACAGCGGUGUCGCGCCAGGAUGAGACUAUCUUUGCCCAGGACCUGGCUCCCUACAUCUUACAAGGACACAAGCCAGAAUCUGAGCCGACCUCUGAACCUGUGACCUCUCUCCUCCCCAUGCGCACUGGAAACCCUUCCCUACCACAGGAGGACUUGUUCCGACCUAAGCUGGACUCAUCCUUCGCUAUCGACUCCCUGCUACACAGCCUCCGGCCGACGAGUGCUUCUGGGGAUGUGGACGUGACUUCCAGGGAGUGCUGGGGUGAGAUGGAGCACCCUCGGCCCUCUCCUCCUCUGCGACCACGCUACACAUCUUCUGCCCGUAGUGCCUCUGCCAGCUCUGCCAGCCCGGCUUCCACCUCCUCCUCCUCUUCCUCUGAUGAAGAAUGGAAGGGGGUGACCCUGUCUGGGAAGCGUGUUCCCCCAGAUGGUGAAGCAGGGUCAGAUGGGUAUGAGGAUUAUCGGCCACCACUGCACAAAUCAGCCAGACGGGAGAGUUCUGCACCUCCAUGGGAGCUCCCCACCUCCUACGCCAAAUAUGCUCCCCCCAAUGCUGUUGCCCCGCCCAGCAUGCGGUUCAAUGGAGGCCCUAUCAUGCCACUGCACGGUGGACUUCCCCUUUAUAACUACGGCAGCUCUCCAGUCGCUCCUGGUCACUUUUUAGGUCACACAUAUUGGCCCAUCCUCCCCAGUGGACGGGUUUCAGUCCAAGCCCCUCCCCUCAUCAUGGACCUUGACAAUAUGUUGCAGUCGGUGCCUCCGAAUAAGAGCGUUUUCGACGUCCUGGUACCAACCACUCCGAACUCUCACGCACACCAUCAACCGCCAAGUCAGUACGCCCUGCAGAACGGGCCUCCUUUAAACCGUUACCAGUACUGACUGAAAGACUGUCGCAAACAAAAGACACAAUCCGUCACACGGAUGCCAAACCACAGUGAUGCAGGGGUGAAGUUUAAUCAAGAUAAGAGAGAGCGAAAAUGUGUUAUCUGCUGCAACUUUUAGUAAACCGAGUCUCACUCAUUUCCUCCAGCUGAAGGCCUCUAAACUGCAGACAGUGCUGUUGAUGGAUUCAUGUUUUUAGAAGAUGAAAACCACUGAUUUAUAUAUAUAUGUUUUUUUUUUUAA